CACGUUGUUAGGCCGAGAACAUGAGAGACCGCCCCUGGUUUUCUCAACAAAAAGAAAAAGUAGGCCCCUUGAUAGUCUUCCUCAUCAAUCAACAAUUAAAAAGGUCACUAGACGCUCUGACAAUUACUGUUUUCAGUUUCCAACUCCCCACUCCCAGAUCUAUCGUCGAUGGACGAUGUUGCGCCGCCGACCAUGGACUGGUCGUUGCUGCCCCUCGAUGCGUUGUCCUUGAUCUUCGUCAGGCUCGGCGCCGUCGACGUCCUGAUGGGCGCCGGCCUCGUGUGUCACUCCUGGCUCAUGGCGGCGAAGUUGCCGGAGGUGUGGCGAUCUAUCGACAUGGACAAACACGAGGUUGUGCUUCUAAAGGGCGAUGGUGUCCUGUGUCAGAUGGCGAAGGCAGCUGUCGACCGUUCCGACGGACAGCUCAGGGAGUUCGCCGGGAGGCUGUUUGUCACUGAUGAGCUCAUCAAGUAUAUCGUGGAAAGGUCACCCUCACUGACUACCCUUCGGCUUGUAUCAUGCUUCGGGGUCUUCAGCAAACAACUCGCCAAUGUUAUAAAAGAGUCACCUCUGCUGGAGCUGCAUUCCCUUGAACUUGAAAACAUUGACCUCAUCGUGAGAAAAUUGACCGCUGUCCUUGAGAGCUGCCCUGUCCUGGAAGUUCUUGGCUUGCAGUAUUGUUUCUUGAUUGGCUCCAAUGAUGAGCAUGCCUUGCGGGCGGAAUUCACUAGGAUCAAGAUCACAACGCUCAAGUGGGAUAAUGAGUGCCGCGACUAGUAAUAUUAUGAGAGCUCCGACAAUGACCAUGCUCUUGAUUCUAAAGAUGAGAGGACAUAUUAUUCAGUGUGAUCUAAGAAUAUUGUGAUCUUUAUGAUCGGUAUACCUUAUUCAGCAUGGAUCCUUAUGUUUGUGAUAGUGAUUCUCGAAUUUAUGUGGGGCUUACUUUACCAA